CACUUGGCUUUCCCUACAACCUUCACCCUUUCUCUCUUUCAUUAUUUCCUUUCCCCAAAACCUCUCUCUCGUUAAAGUUCCUGAUAAAAAAGCCUAACUAAAGUCUAAAGCGUGCUGAAGGUGCUAAAAGUCUAAACCACUGCCGCCUUCAGCCAUUCCGUUUCUGCAAUUGUAGAUCCAGUUUCGUCCCUCUUCUUCCUCUGCAGAUUUCUCCAACCAAUCCCACAGCGCCUCCCUCACUUCUUCUUCCUCUUCAAAUUUCUCCAACCAUUGGCGGCCACACCGUUUUUGCUUUGCAAUGGCGAUGAGCACCCAAAGAGCCUCUGCACCACUUCUUUCUCUGGAAUCAGCUCCUCGAUGGAAGUACGAUGUGUUUUUGAGUUUUAGGGGUGUAGACACCCGCAAAGGUUUUGUAUCCCAUUUAUACCACGAAUUGUGCAAGUUCCAAGGAAUUACAACUUUCCUUGACGAUCGAGAGCUUGAAGAAGGAACAAGUAUUCCUCUUGAGCUCCCGAGUGCGAUAAAAGAAUCGCAUAUUGCAAUCGUUGUUCUUUCACCAAACUAUGCUUCUUCCAAAUGGUGCUUGAAUGAACUUACAACCAUUCUUCAAUGCAUGGAAGCUAGGAACUCAGUUCUGCCGGUCUUUUACGAGACAGAUCCAUCCGACGUUGGAAAUCAACGGGGAUCUUUUGCCAAAGCCUUCGCGGAGCAUGAAGAAAAGUUCAUCACUACCGAAGAUAAAAAGAAGGUUGUCCAAUGGAAGGCUGAUCUAAAAAGACUGUCCAAAAUUUCUGGUUGGCAUUCAAAGCAAUACAAGUGUGAAAGUGAGCUUAUUGAAAAAAAUCGUCAAUAGUGUGCGGAGGAAGGUGCAGGCUGCGUUCACCGUGUCAGAUUCCUCACAGAAAUUGGUCGGAAUUAAUUUUGGGCUUGAGCAACUAAGUUUGCUAUUAGCUCAUGAUGCCAAUGAUGUUCGCUUUAUAGGGAUAACGGGAAUGGGUGGCAUCGGUAAGACAACCCUUGCCAAGCUAGUUUAUGAUAGAAUCUUCCAUCAUUUUGAAGUUUACUGCUUUCUCGCAAAUAUCAGAGAUCGUACUCUAUUUAGUCUUCAACAACAACUUCUUUUCCCAGUCUUGAAAGAAAAGAUUGAGAAAGUUUGGGAUCAACAGUUGGGAAUCAUAUACACUGAGAAGUGCUUACGCAACAAAAAGGUUCUUCUUGUACUUGAUGAUGUGGAUCAAAUAAACCAGCUACAAGUACUAGCUGGAAAAGAAGAUUGGUUUGGUAGUGGGAGUAGAAUUAUCUUUACAACUAGAAAUGAACGUUUGCUAGUCCAGCAUGGCAUAACUUUAUGUCAUGGUGUCAAGUUGUUAAAUGAUGAUGAAGCUCUUGCUCUGUUUAGUCAACAUGCCUUUAAGAAAGAUCUGCCCGAAGACGGGUUUUUGGAACUGUCUAAGUAUUUCAUUAAUCAUGCUGGAGGCCUUCCAUUUGCUCUUGAACAGUUGGGGUCGGCUUUGUUUAAGAGAGGUCUAGAUGCAUGGAAUAGUGUACGGGAUAAUCUAAAAAAAAUUCCUAAUCCAACAAUUUUUGAUAAACUCAAAAUAAGUUAUGAUGGACUAGAAGAAGAGAUGGAGAAGAGAAUUUUUCUCGAUGUUGCAUGUUUUCACAAAGGGAAGCACACGCAGCGAGUAAUUGAAAUACUAGACAAUUCCUUUGAUAUUUCAAGCCGGAUCUUGAUAGAUGCUCUAAUUGAGAAAUCUCUCCUAACCUCUGAAAAAUGCUUCCUGUAUGAUACUUCAGUCCAGUACAGCGAGAUAGGGAUGCAUGAUUUGAUACAAGAAAUGGCAUGGAGAAUUGUUGGUAACGAGUCUAAAGAGCCUGGCUUGCGGAGUAGGUUGUGGCUUCCUAAUGACAUUUUUCAUGUGUUCAUGACCAAUACGGGGACAAGAGCUAUUGAAGGCAUAGGCCUACGGUUACCCGAAAUAGAAGAGGUGCACUGGAACUGUGAAGCCUUCUCUAACAUGUCUGGACUGAGGUUUCUGGAAUUUGACAAUUUGAUCGUUUCUUCAAAUCCCAAAUUUCUUCCGUGUUCCUUGAGAAUUAUGAAUUGGAGUUUGUAUCCUUCCAAGUCUCUUCCACCAAGCUUUCACCCGCGUUUCCUUACUGAACUAAAGAUGCGUGAUAGCAAACUUGUUCGGCUUUGGGAUGGAAAAGAGAAUUUCCCCAACUUGAAAUAUAUUGAUCUUAGCAUCUCACAAAAAUUGAUAAGUACCCCAGAUUUUACUGGUCUUCGAAAUCUUGAGAAGUUGUUUCUUAUGUUUUGUACGAAUUUAGUAGAGGUACACCCGUCUAUUGCAGUUCUUAAAAGACUUAAAGUUUUAGAACUUUAUUACUGUAAAAGUAUUAAGAGUCUCCCAAAUGAGCUAGAAAUGGAUUCCCUUGAACGUUUAGAUCUUAUGGGAUGCUCCAAAGUGAAAAGAAUUCCAGAAUUUUCAAAACAGAUGAAAAAUUUGUCCAAUGUUUCAUUAGGUGGGACUGCGAUUGAGAAAUUACCUUCAACAAUUGGACAUCUGGUUGGCCUUACUGAACUGCGUAUUAAUAAUUGCAGAAAUCUAUUGGAUAUUCCUACUGAGAUUUGUAAUUUGAAGUCUCUUAAAAGGUUGUGUGUCAAGGGAAGUUCAAAAAUCGAAAAACUGCCAGGGAAGAUGGAGUUUUUAGAGGAACUUGAUUUGGGGGGAAACGCAAUAAGAGAGCCACUAGUUGAUAUGAAAAGUCUCAAACGCCUGCAUGCUUGUGGAUCAAUUGGUAAGCCAAGGGACGAGUGGGGCCUACUCCGCUUAUUUGGAAUUAGAAAGAGCCAUGAGCCUUGUUGGGGUUUGGUGUUGUGUUCUUUAAAUCAUAUGCGUUGUUUGGUGGACUUACAACUACGUUAUGGUGAUUUUGGUGAAGGUGAUAUCCCCCAUGAUAUUGGUAGCUUGUCCUCUUUAGUAAGUUUAGAUCUUAGUGGAAACAAUUUUGUUACCCUUCCAAUAAGCAUCAAAUGCCUUUCUCAACUUCAGUAUCUUUGCUUGAAGGAUUGCGAAAGACUUGAGCAACUGCCAGAUCUUCCUUCAAAUAGCUUGUUAUAUGUAAUUGUAGAUGGUUGUACCUCCUUAAAAAGGUUGUCGGAUCCCUCGAAGUUGAGCAGCAGAUUCGCCAAUAUUUAUGAUUUUACUUUCAGUUCUCGGAAUUGCAUUACAUUGGUUGAAGAUGAAGACUGGAUGAAUACAAUAUAUUCAAGGAUCGUGAAAUUCGCCGCUAAGGGAAUCUGUCAGUAUAAUUAUAUUGUAUGCCCCGGAAAUGGGAUACCCGAGUGGUUCAACAAUCAAACUGUGGGACAUUCGCUAAAUUUGGAGCUACCUCCUCAAUCAUGUAGCAGCUGGAUGGGAAUUGCUUUUUGCGUUGUUUUUGCACAACGCAAGGGAAAUCCAGACGCCCUUCAAUAUUAUGGUUUCGAAAUUCAGUUAUCGCCUGAGAUUUCAUUUCGGAUUUUUGGAGAAGAGCAUUUGAUGUCAGAACAUCUUUGGAUAUUUUAUUUAUCCCGAGAAGACUGUCAGGAACCGUUUUCAUUUGAAACAUGUUAUGAUGCGGGAGGAUGUCGACUCAAAGUAGGCUUGAAUAUGGUGAAAAUGUGUGGGGCUCGUUUGGUGUACAAGCAAGAUUUGGAAGAACUCAACCGAACACUGACAAUCUUGAAGCGAACGCAUGGAUAUUGUGAAGAGGCAGCUCCAAGUGAAAGUGGUAGUUUUGAUGACAAAGAACAAGCUCACAAAAGGCAAAAGGAAGAAUAAAAAUUGCUUUCUGCUCUAUUUAACCAUUCAAUGCUUGAUAGUCCUACUUGGAAAGCUAAACAUGGUGCUUUUUUCUCAGAAUCCAUGUUAGAUGAGAAGAAGUUUGUCAUACCGGGUUAAUUUCAACAUGAUUAUUUUCAGAAUGAAGCUUCAGCUGCAGAUGUUGCCUAACUGAACUAUUUUAAACAUGGUUGGAACUUGUGGGGGCAAGCAUGAUUAAGGAGGCAGUGGAGGAUAAACAUAGAUUUUUCAGUCCUCCCUAAUUACACAUAAUCAGUAGCUUGGAGGAGUCUGAAGAACUUCUGUCAAUGCAGCUUGUUGCAUUUCGGAAUGAAGCUUACGUACUAGCUAGGUCAGUUUCACCACCCAUUGACUGGGUCUUCUGCUUUGCCGCAAUUCAAUGAUCGUGUAUGGACGUGGAAGAAUGGUCAUGGAAUGAAGAAUGCGGUUGAACUUGAGAUAUACAGUCCGAGAUGCAAGUGGGCUAUAAACACCAGAUUUAACAUUUGGAACACUGGCUUUCUCCUCGUCACCAAUGCUACAUCAAGCAUAUAUGCGGCUGCAAGUUUGUUCCUAUUAAACCGCAUUGUAUUUGUAGCAUGGAUUUAAGUGUACAAGGUAGGUAUGGAUUUAAGCAUGUAUUUGUAGCAUGGAUUACCAACUCUGAUUAAUUACUGGUUUCCGAUAGAAUGAUUAAUAGAAACAUAGAGAGAGCAUUUUUUUAGCA